CUGAUACAAUCAACAAAAUGCUGCUACUUAAUACCGUAGCAAAUUUACUUCCUUUUCUCUUGCAAUCAUUAAUCUCAGGUGUUGACCAUGCGGUCCUCUCCGACGCCACGGUUCCAUAAACUGCCCCUGUUUUGGCUCUGUUUCUGGUUAGCACUCUGUUCCGCCUCUGCUGCUGCAACAUCCCGGCCGGCACCGGACCAAAAGGCAUGGUCUUUGAAUCUGAUUAACCGGAGAGGCCCCUAUCUGGGUCUCAUCACUGUCUACCCGCCGGAAGAAACUGCUUUCUUCUCCACCGGAGCUUUCAUUCCUGACCCUAAGCUCCCUUUUCUCGAUCUCUCAGGCCGCAGAUUCCAUAUUGGAACUGUUCACGGCCAGCGAGUCGUCUACGUCAGAUGUGGGAUCGGAAUGGUGAACGCCGCGACGGCGACGCAGCAGAUGGUGGACUCGUUCGUGAUUUCAGGAAUCGUCCACUUCGGGAUAUCCGGCAACUUGAACAACUCCAUGAAUAUUGGAGAUGUCUCUGUUCCCGCUCAGAUUGCCGACACUAGCCUCUGGAAUUGGCAGAACCCAGAUGCGAAUUUGGAUCCGGAAGAUAUCGCUCACCUGGAAAUUGGGAGCUUCAAUGUGCCAGUCGGAGACGGAGUGAACCAGUUGGGACAAAUCGGGUACAGCCCGGAGCAGCUCUACUCGUCUUCCUCGCUGCUGCCCAAUACUCCGGCGACCGUGCUCUGGAUGAACGUCACCCGCCGGUGGCUUCAUCUCGCCGCCGCUGCUGUCCAGGGGAUGGAGCUAGAGCAGUGCGUGAACUCAACGACGUGCCUCGACGAGAAGCCGAAGGUGGUGAUCGGUCUUAGAGGCUCCACCUCCAACAUCUUCGUGGACAACAAAGCUUACAGAGACUUCCUCUUCCAAACUUUCAAGGUUUCUUCCGCGGACAUGGAGAGCUCUGCUGUUGUCAUGACGUGUUUGUCAAAUGGGCACCCUGUAAUCGUGAUAAGGGGGAUGUCGGAUUUGGCUGGCAAGCAAUCGGGGCACAAUCCGAUUCGAACUUUCGGCAGCCUUGCUGCUCUGAACGCUGCCAACGUUGUUCUGAAGUUCAUCUCGAAGCUGAGAGGACGAUCCUAUGCUGGAUCAAUUUUGGGUACACUGCUGUAGAUGGAUAAACUAUGUGAAUUGAGGCUUUUGUAUGAACUCUGUUGAGUGUAUUUGGGUAUUUGGGUGUAGUAAUUCGUUGCAAUUCAACUAUGUGAAUUGUAUAAACUCUGUUGAGUGUUAAUAAAAGAAGCCACAGACAAUCAGCAUUUGGUAUUCAUGGUAUGAGUGAAUUCUCUUUGUCGUGAAAAAACAUCUAAUUUUGGGUUAUUCGCACCAUAUUUGCGCUAUUCACAUCGUAUUUGCGUUAUUCACGCCAUAUUUAUGUCAUUCACGUCAUAUUUGCGUUAUUCACGUAAGAGUGUUGAUUAUUCACGUAAUCAAUACUGUUAGGUCACGCCAUCUAAUGUUUAUUCACGCAUAUUGUUAAUUAUUCAUGCCGUAGUAAAAUAAAAUUUUAAACUUUGAAAUAUAUCAAAAUGGAUGUCAUUGUGUAGAUUAUGAUCAAUGCAACAUAUUUAUACAGAUUAAAUGAUAAUCCAAGUUUAAUUCCAUAAAAUAUAGCUAAUACAAAUUAUGAGGGGAAAGUAUGAAUUUCCAUUUACGUGAAAAACUUACACUCUUACAUAAAUCACCAUAUUAUUACGUAAAUAAGCACAAAAUGACUUGAAUAAUCACAAAAUAGCGUAAAUGAACUUAUCUGAGGUGUUCUGUCACCUAACGUGACAAGAGAUGUUUUCCUUCGUGAUUCUCCCUUAUUCAUCUCUUCUCAGUUCAGUUACUAUAUUCAUGUUUUAGAAUGUGGUAGCCAGUUCACAAUCGAAAUUUGCACUCAUAUAUCUAAUUUAUUUGUGGCCCUAGGUUUCGGUUUCAGAAUAUUAAAACAAUUCUCAACAAAAUGAGAUUUCUUUUUGAUUUGGAGGGAAAAGAUUAAGUGUAUGAUAAGGAUGAAGAUUUCGGCCUAAUCUGUUUUAUCCGAUCUGUUUUUAAAUUUAACUACUUUGUAUGGGCAGACAUGAGUACUCUACUCGAUCUGAUCUAUCAUGAUUGCCUCGUUUUCAACAUGUUUUGCCUACAAAUAUAUGUAGUGUUACUCAACUUAGAAGUUUUAACUUCAUAUUUUUAGCUACAAUAAUAUUGUAAAUAGGUGAUAACUUCAAUUUAUCGAAUAUUUUAAUUAUAUUUAUCAUGCUAUAAUUUGUUUAUUGGUUUUGGUAAUGAAAAAGUAAAUAUAUA